UCAGUCAUGCGAUCAGCUGUGUCCAAUCACAGCUGAUCACUGAUGAUCAGUGUGCCCUGAUGAUCAGUGUGGCCCCAGAAGUGCCACCUGCCAGUGUCCAUCAGUGCCAGCAGUCAAUGCUCAUCAGUGCCACGUGCCAGUGCCCAUCAGUGCCACAUCAAUGCCACAUAUCAGUGCAUACCAGUGCACAUCAAUGCCACAUAUCAGUGCCCAUCUGAGCUGCCUUUCAGUGUCACCCAUCAGUGCCAGUCAGUGCCACCUAUCAUUGCCAAUCAGUGCCACCUAUCAGUGCUGCCAGUCAGUGCCACCUAUCAUUGUCAGUCAG